AUAACAAAGACCAAUGUACAUAACCGUGUGCCUGUCUGCGGACUGGUUUUCCAUCGCACGCCUUCCUCCUUCCAAUCAUAGUUUCUGGCCUUCGAGGGCGCUUCCUCUGGCAAGCCUGAAUAUAUCCAUGCCUACUUUGUAGUAGUCCUCCCUGUAGAAACACGCCAAUAAUUGAGUGGCAGACAGAACUUGGCCUCUCUGCGUCUCUCUCUGUGACUGACUGUACGUACGGAUGUCAGAGCGAGCCGAAGAAGGUCUUUGUCAGCCCAAGAACUUGGAAGCAAAGGUUGUGUCCUGGGUCACUGUGGUCUUAUCAACCGGACCAGAGUAAAAGUGGCAUCCAAACCAACAUGUCCAACUGCGGGUCAACUGUCUAAUCUGGUCUUACUAGCUUAGCAUUUUUACUAGUAGCCCAUCUCUGCUAGGGGCUAACCAAGAAGACAGAGAGGUACAUAGAUUGCCUUCUCACUUCCCCGCAGUUCUGAGCGAGAACAGCGUCUUUGUUCGAACAAAUCACCUCAUGAUCAGUGAUCAUCAAAUGGUGUCCACGCUCAUCUCUUGAAGGAGGUGUUGACAGUUUAAGUGUCUUGUGUGCAAACCUGGGACGGAUUGGUGGGUGUGAUUUUGGUAUCGACUCACAAGAAUGAGCUUGCAUUACGUGACCCGAAAACUCAAAACCCAAAGCUUGUCCGAGGGAUCAAACGACAAUGGUCACAACGACCAUGAUGAAAAGUCUUCAACCAACGAUGCUGAUGAUUCUGGAACCGAGUCUGAUGAGGACAUGGACAAAGGAACCCCUCGAUCCAGACCUGACAACACUGAAGCAACUCAGAAUGCUGAAGGGAAUAAAGACUGCGGGGCAACAACAGGCACGCAUCUGAGAGAUUCCGGAGCUCUCUGUGAGGACAACUACUCUUCUGAGGAAGAACUCAAGGAAAUCAAUGGCGCGGAGAAAAAGAAGACUUAUGUGGAUCCCGUGGUACCCGUCAUUACCCAGUGUGUCAGUGCACAGAGUGUGACCAUUCCAACGGCAGAGAAGCGGAAAUGGUCCGCCGUGUCUGGCGAAGAGCAUGGUUUAGUGGUUGGCCAUCGGGCCAGUUCCAACGGAAGCUCAGGCGAUGAAGAGGUAUUCGCGUAUUUGGCUCCAUCUCCCUCAAGUUCUUCUCUUUCGAGUGAUCGUGGACCAAGCCUGACCGGUGACACGCCUACUCCGGUUCAGUUCUGCGCUUCACCGCCCAUCGGAGUCUAUCGGCCCAAUUGGCACCAUGAUUCUGGGGGAGGGGGAGGAGGACUAGUAGGCGGGACCAAGGGCUCCUCGACAACUCGCUCCCCUCCUCCCAAGCUCUUUCACAUGUCCAGUCAGGAUCACACUCAUGGACCAGGGGUGGAACUAAGGGAUUCUGGCCAAGCCUUAAAGCCCAGAGAGGUCACCCACAAAGGGAACCAUCCUCGUCCAAGUUCGGCCUCGGAGCUCCUGAGCAGCCUCUCGUUCUCUUCCCAGAGGCUCCAUGGGUCCAAUUGCCACCCCGUGGACCUGGACCGAUCCCUUCUUUCUGCUACUGGACAAUGCAGCUCGACGCAAGAUGAAGAAAUUCGACUUCGGUUCUCCGGAAACGGAAAUGAGACCUUCAACGGUCGAUAUCAGCCCCCGUCGCCAAACAAACGCCACCGAUCCCGAACACCCCGACCUCAACAUAUGCAAAGACCUUGUCUGGACUUUGAGAAGAUGCAGCAGAUCAAGACGAGAGUUGUGACUUCCUGGCGACCACAAGGAACCGAGUUGUCUCUAUUUUGUUGGUAACAAAAUGAAAUGACCUUCCCCUUUACGUAUGUCCCACAUCACGGUUUUGGAUCGUCCUGGCCGGGCCCUUGCCCACUACAAAUGAACCAAACGUCUUUCUUUCUUUCGUAUACAGUAUCCGGCAUAUUUAAUGCACAGAUUAAAUCUUUACAUGAAUAUUAUCUACUACCUAUAUCCCAGCACUGCAACUUGUGCAGUGCCUUCAAGGGCCCCACUUCGUUCCUCCCAAAUCAAAUCGAGAGAUCCGCAAGUUACUCCAACCUGCAUUCACUGCACCUCUUGUAAAUAUGAUAAUUUAUUGGGCAGUCAAACACCUUCACUACCUGACUACCAACAUCAACCACACCAACACCAUAGUCGUCAAUACCAUGAUAAACACCUAUUUAUUCGAGUAUGUACAGUAUUGUUCCAUAGUUCUAACCCCUCGGCAGAAGCAGUAUUUGAAAUUUUUGGACAUCCAACCCUCAAUACAAUUAAUUGUGAAUGAAAAAAAGCUUAAAUAUGAGAAUAACUAUCAUUACUCGAGAAACUACGAAAUAAAUAUACUUUUAAGACA